CAUUGUCAGUCCAUUUUGGAAUUCAACUCGUCAACCCAACUUUAACCGCCCACUUCCAUGCCCGGAAGUGAUAUAAUCUUCUUGGAAGUGGGAGGAGUGUUCUAAAGGGGUACAUACUCCAGAGCCAGAGAGAACGUCUUAAGUUCUAGCAUUUUUCGAAGUUUCAUUUGAUAGAAUUGUAUACUUUCAAAAUUAUUAUGGGGAACAACAUGAUUUCUGAACAGGAAACCGACAUGGUUUUCACAACGGAGCAAUCCACUUUUCUUUCUUACUAUUCAAGGAAAACAAGCAAAUUUGGAAUUAAUUAUGCAACCCAUUUUGACAAUAUCUAUUCCGCAUUUCUCGGCACUGGUGAUUCUAACACAGUAAAGGAAGUUUUAGAGCUUUCCAAGGAGAUUAAAAUGGACUUUUGUAAGAUUUUUAAAGGCAAACUGAGGCGUAUCUUUUACACUUAUAAGGAUUUUUCACAUCUCUGUUUGGUAAAUUGUUUGCAGAACUUCAUAGUAGUUACCGAUUACGGUGCAAUGAAUGAGUUUUAUGGACAUGAAUCGCCGACAUGUUUUGAAUCAGCAACCGGUUUAUAUUCAAUGACAACACUCAAUCUGGCCUGGAGGAAUGGUUGUUCCGAGUUCGAACUGAAAACGUCUAUUGAGAACUGUCCUGAAAAUUUUCGAUCUCUCCAGUUACUCCAUCUUUACUUCAAGUCCAAGCAGCACGGAACUCUUUCCAUGAGUGAAAAGGCACUGCAAGUUCUUUGGAGUUCUAUUCCAGAUCCUCUUUUGACCAGAAGCCAAUUUUCCAGAAUUUUCGUCGAGAGGAAAGAUAGGCACAAGCCUAGCAAGGACAUGGUUGACGCGUGGAACUGGUAUUGCAGACUGGUGAGAGAUACUGAAAGUUGUCAAAAGUGCCCCAGAUCUCUUAAACAUCUCUCAAGAUGCACAAUUAGACAAAGGCUGAAAGAAAACCUUUUGUUGCCAGAGGCCGUCGACGUGCUUCCCAUACCAAAGACUUGUAAGAAGUACUUAGUUUUAAAAGACUUUGGUGAAAUAAAUUGAUUUUAAUGAAAUUCAUGUUUGGCGAAGUUAUUGUGCUACUUUGAGGAGAAA